GCUCCGCGCGGCUUCAGUGCCUCCCGAGACCCGCGACUGUUAACACGCUUUCGCGACUCACUGCCGCACUACACCGCUGACGCUGAGCCGCAACACGCGAUUGUGUACACUUGUGAGCAAGGCGCGCGCCCUUUCUCUCACGCAGUGUGAUCGUGCUUCGGUACGUGAAUGCAAAACCGGACUGCUCUCUUGGCAAGAGACAACGAAAAGGAAUCUACCGCCGUGCGGGACUCUGAAGUAUUUCAACGGCUACGGAGGGCUGGCCUGCCAUUCACCCGGACCCCGCUCCCUACCCGCGGGGACUCUUCGCCGGUACUCCGCUAACGACAAUCACGUAGACAGUAGGAGGUAACACGUAAUGACUGCUACUCACGGAGGCGGCUGCGAUGACGCCCGCCCUGAUAAGGAAUAUACAAACAAAACUGGAUUCAAGAACGAUGCAUACCAACACGACAGAGACUCGAACGAUGAUAUCGUCAAGCCGCCACCGCUGCCUACCGAAGAAGAUAUGUACGCAUCUGGAAAGGUUAAGCUAUCAAGAAACGAAAAAUGGAGGAUACUGAAGAACGUGGCAGCCGUGAGCGCUGCCUUCAUGGUACAGUUCACAGCUUUCCAAGGGACGGCCAAUCUGCAAUCGUCCAUCAACGCUGCCGACGGACUUGGAACAGUGUCACUAAGCUCAAUCUAUGCAGCGCUUGUGGUGUCCUGCAUUUUCGUACCCACAUUCCUCAUCAAAAGACUCACGGUCAAGUGGACGCUAUGCCUUUCAAUGAUGUGCUAUGCGCCUUACAUCGGUGCUCAAUUCUAUCCGGCGUUUUACACUUUGGUACCGGCCGGCGUGGUGGUCGGCUUAGGAGCAGCUCCUAUGUGGACGUCCAAGGCCACCUACUUAACUCAAGCUGGUAGCGUCUACGCUAAAUUAACAGAUCAAGCAGUAGACGGUAUAAUUGUCCGAUUCUUCGGAUUCUUCUUCCUGGCAUGGCAAACCGCUGAGCUGUGGGGCAACCUCAUUUCCAGUUUGGUUUUCUCAUCUGGAGUGCACAGCGGCAACAGUGAGAACACGUCCAACACGUUGCUUACGUGCGGCGCCAACUUCUGCAUGAUCGGCGGUGGUCACCAUGACAACCGCAACCUGCACCGCCCGCCAGACAGCGAGAUUUAUGAAAUCAGUGCCAUAUACCUCGCCUGCGUCGUCGUCGCUGUGAUCAUGGUUGCCGUCCUCGUCGAUCCUUUGUCCAGAUAUGGUGAAAAACAGAGAAACUCAGAUCCCUCCAGAGAAUUGACUGGAAUCCAACUGCUAUCGGCGACUGCUUACCAGCUGAAGAAACCUAACCAACAACUGCUUAUCCCUAUAACGCUAUGGAUUGGAAUGGAACAAGCGUUUAUUGGUGCUGACUACACUCAGGCUUACGUGUCGUGUGCUCUUGGCAUUCGGUCAAUUGGAUACGUGAUGAUUUGCUUCGGUGUCGUCAACGCGAUCUGCUCUCUGCUCUUCGGCUCAGCUAUGAAGUUCAUCGGACGAUUCCCCAUACUCUUCAUGGGUGCAGCUCUUCACCUUGGCUUGAUCGUAUGGCUUCUGAUAUGGAGACCUAAUCCUGAAUCACCAACCGUCUUCUUCGUCAUAUCCGGACUUUGGGGCGUUGGUGAUGCAGUUUGGCAGACUCAGAUCAAUGGGUUAUAUGGAGUGCUGUUUAGACGGAAUAAGGAAGCAGCGUUCUCUAACUACAGGCUAUGGGAGAGUGCUGGCUUCGUUGUCGCCUAUGCGUACUCCACACACUUGUGUGCCAGGAUGAAGCUAUACGUUAUGAUGGUCGUCUUGCUCAUCGGAUUCCUUGGAUAUAUGAUUGUUGAAAUACUGCACAAGAGAAAGGCUCUUCGUCUCAAGGCGAUUGCGGAGAACCCCGCAGCCGCCGCCGACGCCGCGAUGCAGCCACCGGAGGAAGACGACGAGAAGGAUGAGAUUGACGACGAAAUCAUUAUCACCCAUCUCUAGAUGCUCGAUCUUUGAAUCGUUCACGGUUUCAAGAGUGAUCUCCGUCAAUGAUGAUUUGCGCGACAAAACGCAAGAUACAAAAUUGCCAUACAUCAGUUUCGUUAGGUACAAAAUGAACAGAAAAAAUAUAAUUGUAAUCUCAAUUAAUUAAUUCUAUUUAUAUAUGUAUCCGAUAGAUUAGUAUUUGGCCGAAUUAAGUGAGUUAAAUAAAGACUUGACAAGUACAAACGCCCCCUUAUCAUGUUAAAAAUGUCUCAUUCCAGUAAAGUCUUAACAUUUGGGUCCAAAUCAUUAAGAAUAAGAUAAAUUAUUUUUUUCUUAAAUCAACGUAGACUUUAAGGAAAAUUACGUAACCAAUAACAUUAUCUGAACAUUAUCAGACUUUUAUAUAUCAAUCGAAUGAAGAGUUAUGAAAGUAGCGAUCAUUUUAGAUCUGAAUAAAAAAAACAACUUUUAAUUAUAGUUAAGAUAAAUUACGCAGUUUGUAUAUAAAACGUAUAACUUUGGGGUACGAAUAGUAACUGAAUCGCAUACAAGACAAUAGUAAAUAUUGAUUUACCAAACAUCUGUAAUUCCAAUAGUAAUUACUCGCUUUGUUUUACAUUUGGCUCAAUGGCCUUUAACAUUUCACUGUGUCGUAUUGUUUUUAUUCCUACAUAGAAAUAUUUCCUGCAAAAUCUUAUCUAGUUGUUUUAAGCAGUGUUUAAUCGCGAGAAUACAAUUGUACAAAAUAUAUCCUUGUCUCCAUUUUAAAAAAUGUUUAAAGGUGCAAAUUACGUUUAAAUUAAUUUAAUCA